AUGGAAGUUACAGAAUUUGAACCAGUGCAGUAUUGUUUUCAGACUUACAACUCAUCCUGUACUAAGGAAGUGCGAUCUCCAGCUGUGUAUGUAGUGAUGUAUAUUUCUGCAGUGGCAGUGAUGAUGCUGACAGUGUGUGGAAACCUGGUGGUGAUCAUCUCUAUCUCUCACUUCAAGCAGCUCCACACACCAACUAACUUCCUCGUGCUCUCUCUGGCUGUAGCAGACUUACUAAUAGGAAUAAUUGUGAUGCCUUUCCAAUUAAUCGUGCUAAUAGAAACAUGUUGGUAUUUUGGAGACAUAUUUUGCAUUAUUUACAAAACAUUUCACUCUGUGCUCACUUCUGUUUCUGUUAAUAAUGUUGCAUGCAUAUCGAUUGAUCGUUAUUUUGCUGUUUGUUACCCCUUCAUUUAUUCUACUAAACUAAUAACUAACAUAACAUGGUCAAUUAUUUUAUUUAAUUGGUUUUUUUCACUGCUAUACAAUUUGGCUCUUGUUUAUUUUAAUGGAAAUAUUAGUAGUGCUGAACUCAAUACUUGUCUAGGAGACUGUUUGUUUGUAAUGAGUGAAAUAUGGGGAAUAGUAGAUUUAAUAAUUGUAUUUAUCCUGCCUUGUUCUGUAAUGGUUGCCCUCUAUGUGAACAUUUUUGUAGUAGCUAGAAGACAUGCAAAAUUAAUCAACUGUGUUACAGCACACGAUAAUUCUGCAAAUGAAAAAAAAAGUAAACUAACUACAACGUCUGAAAGAAAAGCUGCUAAAACAUUAGGGAUUGUAGUUUUUGUUUUUCUCUUGUGUUUGGUGCCAUAUUAUAUCUGCAGUAUUGUUUAUGAAAAAGUUAAUAUUUCUUCUUCUUCUGUAGUUAUUAAUUUUCUGUGUUGGCUGAUGUUUUUUGAUUCUUCUAUCAAUCCCAUUAUUUAUGCUCUGUUUUACUCCUGGUUUCAGAAAUCAGUUAAAUUAAUUGUAACAUUGAAGAUUUUUAACACAGCAUCAUCUUUGAUCAACCUGUUUCCAGAAAAAUAG